ACCCCUUCCCCAAACACAAAAGCAAAACUUGACCCAAAAGGAAAAACACCCUAGCCCAAACCGAAAAUACCAAAAGGCCCAAACCCAAAAAUCUACUUAUCAAUGCCAUGCUCUCUCUCUCUCUCUCAAAGCACAAAAUAGGGAGCCAAAGUUCUAGAAGUACAAAUGAUAUGAUCAAAUUAAUGUCACGCUCAGACUCAAUUAUGGCGAGGGAGCAGAUCCGAUCAGUUAUUUUCUUAUUUUGUGGUGAGUAACUAUGAUUGUAUAUAUCACUGCCACAUCAGCACCCUCUCUCGCUUAUUGAAAGUCUUUAAUCUAUUACACAUCUUUAACGAACGAUUUCUCUCUCGUUUUAAUUCAUAAUUAAAAUUUUUUUACACAGAUAAAUCAAAUUAGUUGUAUUUUUCAAAACAAUAUUCACUUGAAUAAGUGAUCCUAUCUUGACCCAGAAUGCUCUAAUACCAAUUAAAAUCGAGUUAGGAAAAGAAAACUUUAGAAUUUUGACUGAUCCUAAGAAAGCAUAAAGAAAUGAAGAAAAAACUGCAUAAUAAUAAUAUUUUUUUUUGCCAAUCGAUCACUCUUAAAAAGAGGAAACUGAACCGAUCCAAGAUUACAAUAAACCUAUCUACUAUUGAACCACGAAACAUAGUCGAACCCCCUUUGAUAGCGGGGCGACACAGACAGAGCACGAUGGGCCACAGAAUGAGCCACCCUGUUCCUAUUGCGACCAACGAACACCACCCUAGCAUCACCAAGAUCAGCAAGAAGCAGCAUAAUUUCUUGAAGAAGAGCCCCGAUCCUGGCUUCCGAAGUGUCUUUGUUACAGCACUUGUCAAUUACUACUUUAGCACCCCUCCAAUGAUCACAUUCCGGAGUUGGCGACUCAAGCAUUCAUUCAAGCAAUCACAUAAAGCCAAAGUUUCAAGCACGUAGGGAUCCCCAAUGCCGACAUAUUGUUGGGCCGUAGCCAUACAUAAAUCACCAGAAUCAUCCAUCAAAACAUAGGCUGCAACCCCUGUAGAAUCGGACUUAGUUGCCGCAUUAAACAUAGCAUGACAGCGAACACGGGAACCUGCAGGAGGGGGUAAAUAUGCUGGCGUCGGAGAUGAUCAACGAGGCUGAAGAAUUGCCAUGUCCGCCUCUUUGACUUGAUGAUGCCAUUGAGCCGCCAAAAUAGGUAGAAGAACUUGGUGAUGCUCAAAAUGGGCCUUACAUCGAUUCUUCCAUAGUCGCCAAAGAAGACAGACAACCUGCAUAAUGAAAAAAUCGGAAUCCACCCCGUCUGCAGGUCGAAGAUAAUUACGAACGAACCCAACAAAAGAGCACUUCUCCCAACCAGCCAAUUUCUGUCCCAAACCAUCCAGCCUCCACAGUUUCUUGGCCACCACACAAGUGAAGAACAUAUGCUCGAUGGUUUCUUCCUUCCUUCCACACACUGGCCAGAUUGGAAUCAAAUCCACCCCACGAGCCGCUAAAUCUUCCUGGGUCAGUAGAAUCCGAAGUAAACAUUGCCACAUGAAGAAAAGCAAUUUAGACGGUAGCGCCUUGGUCCACAACCACUUCCAAAUGCCCUGAUCUAAGAAAGGAACACCGUGUUUGGCCUAUUCACAGCAAAAACUGCAUAAUAAUAAUUAUAUAUUUCUUGUUUAGACGACUCCCAAUGUAAGUGGGCUAAAUGCGGAAGGCCCAAAGGAAAACCAGCUUAAACAAGACAAAUCUUCUCGUCUUCUUCCUUUUGCUGAAGCCAAUGAAGCGGGGAUGAGAUAGCAUGCCUACCCAUAAAAAGGUUUGAAAAAUGAUACCCCUAUUAAUUAUAGGUUUUUAAGGUAAUUAAUUUGUGUUGCAUUUAAUAAUCUGUAUGAAUUAAAAACACAUAUUAAUUACUUUCCUUUUUUCAGUGCACUGGUAGUUGUAUCAGGGCAAUGAUAUUAGUGUACAGGUGCAAUGGUAGAUGUAUCAGUGCAAUGGUAGUUCCAAAAAAGGAACGUAAUUAAUAUGAGUUCAGUAUACAUGUGCAGCGGUAGUUGUAUCAAUGCAAUGGUAGUUAAAAAAAAGAAUGUAACCAAGAUGAGUUUUUAAUUUUCAAAAAUUAUUAAAUGCAACGCGAAUUUAAUACAAAAAAUAACUAUAAUUAAUAGGUGUGUCAUUUUUACAACCCCUUAGAAGGGUUAGCAUGCUAACCGAUCCCAAGGAAGCGAAUGUAGGAUGUCUCGAAUGAAAAAGGACAUUAUAGUAAGAAAAGCUGGAAUAUCAAUUAAUCUUUUUUUUUUCUUCUUCUUCAGUUUGAAUCAUUAAUCUUUUCUCUCUUCAUAGUAGGUAAAACUAAAGAAGAAAAAAAAUUCGUCAAGUGCAAGGAACCUAGUCGUAUAAAAAAUAUAGGUUAUUUAUCCUUUCUUUACACACCUAUAAAACCGAAGAAGUUGUGAUGUACACAGAAAACUCACAAUCCACAACCAACCCAUUGAUCGAGACAAUAGUCACCAAAACUUGAGACAAAUCAAGAAGAAAACUAUGGCCGGAAGGGAGCGUUCAAGCAAGGUACUAGUGAUGGCGAUGACUCUUAUGAUACUAGUGGCAAUCUUUGGGAAGCUUCAAUAUGCUAGUGCAGAUCCGGCACUAGAGAAAUGCUUGAAAGAUUGCAUAAGAUGCUGUCAAGACCAGAAUGACAUAUGCUUCUACGAAUGUAGAGUCAAGUGUGCUCACGGCCCUUCUCCCUGUAAUCGAGUCCGGGUAGAUCCCAAAAUUCAGUUCACGAAUAUUAAUGUAUGAAUCACCCUACCCGUCUAUUAAUAAUAUUCCUAAUAUAUAUGUCUGAAUUGU